GCUGCGACGCCAUUUUGAAUCACGGCGGUUGGUCAGAGUGGUAGCAGUUGAUCGGUGCUAACAGCUGAGCUUGCGUUGUUCGAGGCACUCGCUGGUGGUUCAACUUGCUUGACAGUGUUCGACUGCGCAACUGACAGGCUUGUCAAGUCCACUGAGCCAUCAUGACGGGCUGUUGUGUGCUAAUGUGCUCCGGGUCAACUCGUAAAGGCCUGCGUUGUUUUCGCUUCCCCCGGGACCCGGAGCGAAGAAAGAAAUGGGAAGCUCAACUAAAGCGGGAUCGGUGGAACGCAACUGACCACUCAUAUGUCUGCGAGUUGCAUUUUGAGCCAUCACAGUUUGAGCAGCGCCGAGCGGAUGGCUGGAAAAAGCUGAAGCAGAAUGCCAUUCCCACGCUCUUUGCAAACAACUCGCAGCCACUCAAGCAACAAACAGAACAGGAUUCACGCUCAAAACGGCGAAAAAAAUGGCCAGAAAUCACCCGUGAGGAAGCAGCCAUAAACAAGCAUAGUGAGGCCGACCACAAGCCUGAGGCUCUAAUGUCAUUCUGCGAAGUUGUCCUAACAUAUGAGACCUAUAGCAGUGCCACAGGCAGUAGUACCAUUGUCACCAUUCACCAGAUAGCCGAGCAAGGUUGACGCCCCACUGACCCAGGACAGCCGCCCCAGGUCUGUCCGCCAGCUUGGCCACCAGUGCCCGCAACGUCGGUGCAUAUCCACGAGACGUUGUUGCUACCUUUGCUGAAUAGACAACGGACAUUGCAGGCCGACUGCCAAGAAUCCUCUGGAUGUGGGCUGAGGUUGUCUACAUGCCAUUGUGCUCGAAAGACACAAGACGAAGAUUACUGUUUGUGCUUGUGCUGUGUAUAUAUGUGCAACAGUGACGUGACUGCAGUGAGGGCAACUUGCAUAGCUAAUUUGUAAGGUGAGAACCACUCCACAUUGCUAAGAAGCAGUGAGGUUGUUACCUCCGUUUGUUUUGUACUUUUUUGCACAGUACUCACGUAAUCGCCCUCGCUGAAUGGAUGACAGACAUUGCAAGCCAACGCGAAGAACCACACGAAAGUGACUCGUCUACAAGCCAGGCUACAUUCUAAGAGGCUCACAAAAAUGUGAGGAAAUCAAGAGAUUGUAGGAAAUUAGAUAAUACAUUGUAAUGUUCAUCACAUUACAGAUAGACAAGAGAUUUUGCUUGCAGGAAACGCACAGAGGUAGACCUGAGCUGCUGCGCUCCACUCCGCUACUCUGUACUGGGUCAAAGCGAAGGGGGAGUGAAAGUACAAUAGAACCUCGUUCAUACGUUUUGACGAUCACCGACUCUGCUCACCACCACCAUUGUGCUCGAGUGGGGUCACGAAUAAUAACUGUUAAGAGGCUAAUGUGGCGACAGUCGGGAAGCUCCAGAGAGCAUUGUGCACAUGUCCUAACGUUGACUUUCCUCUCUGCCACACUCUUGCCGUGUAUAUACACACACUGAACCACCUCUCGACCUGGCGUACAAGGAAACAGCAGCAGCAGCAGUACAAAUGUCAAAGGAAGAGGCAAAGAAAGCUUCCCUUUAAUAUACUGCAGUCUUCUCCAGGAGGUUGGUAGCACCAUACAGGUUGUUUCUUCUGACCAGAAGGCGUUGCUUUAGAAAAGAAAUUCUGUG